GCACACACACACGGUGCCGCUGCCCGCACACUGUCCAGCCACUUGGAAAUUUCCCCUAAACGCAGAGGAAAUUCUGCCGCGGAGGAGCGGGGACUGUCGGCCCGACCAACGUGCAUCUUCUCGGGGGCUGACCUGCUUGAAAUGCCCCAGUUGUGGAUCUGAAGCUGUGACGAUCAGCAGACAUUCAAGGCUGCAUUUCCCUCAGCAAUAAGGUGUAGCUGCAGGCUCCGCCUCCCCCGCCGGCCAAGAUGGUGGUGCUGUCGCUGAAGAUCUGCAUUCGCCAGUGCAAUGUAGUGAAGACGAUGCAGUUCGAGCCCUCCACGGCCGUCUACGACGCCUGCAGGAUGAUCCGGGAGAGGGUCCCCGAGGCCCAGACCGGACAGGCUUCAGACUACGGUCUGUUCCUGUCUGAUGAAGACCCCAGAAAGGGCAUCUGGCUGGAGUCUGGAAGGUCGUUGGACUACUACAUGCUGCGCAGUGGGGACGUCCUUGACUACAAGAAGAAGCAGAGGCCCCAGAAAAUCAAGAUGUUGGACGGGGCCGUGAAAACCGUCAUGGUGGACGACUCCAAAACCGUGGGGGAGCUGCUCGUGACCAUAUGCAGCCGGAUAGGCAUCACAAACUACGAGGAGUACUCUCUGAUCCAGGAGACGGUGGAGGAGAAGAAGGAGGACGGGAUGGGCACGCUGAAGAAGGACCGGACGCUGCUGAGAGACGAGAGGAAGAUGGAGAAGCUGAAAGCCAAAUUGCACACGGACGACGACAUGAACUGGCUGGACCACAGCAGGACGUUCAGGGAGCAGGGGGUGGACGAGACCGAGACCCUCCUGCUCAGGCGCAAGUUCUUCUACUCGGACCAGAACGUGGACUCCCGAGACCCGGUCCAACUCAAUCUCCUCUACGUGCAGGCCCGAGACGACAUCCUCAACGGUUCUCACCCCGUGUCGUUUGACAAAGCGGGCGAGUUCGCCGGCAUUCAGGCCCAGAUCCAGUUCGGACCUCACAUAGAACAUAAGCACAAACCUGGAUUCUUGGACUUGAAGGAGUUUCUACCCAAAGAAUACAUCAAGCAGAGAGGAAAUGAGAAGAAAAUAUUCCAGGACCACAAGAACUGUGGAGAAAUGACAGAGAUUGAAGCAAAAGUGAAAUAUGUCAAACUGGCUCGGUCUCUGAGGACGUACGGCGUCUCCUUCUUCCUGGUCAAGGAAAAGAUGAAGAGUAAGAACAAGCUGGUGCCGCGGCUCCUCGGCGUCACCAAAGAGUCGGUGUUGAGAGUGGAGGAGAAGACCAAAGACGUGGUCCAGGAGUGGCCCCUCACCACCGUGAAGAGGUGGGCGGCGUCACCCAAGAGCUUCACCCUGGACUUUGGGGAGUACCAGGAGAGCUAUUACUCUGUUCAGACCACUGAAGGGGAACAGAUCUCUCAGCUCAUCGCCGGUUACAUCGACAUCAUCCUCAAAAAGAAGCAGAGCAAGGACCGCUUUGGAUUGGAAGGCGACGAGGAGUCGACCAUGCUCGAGGAAUCCGUGUCCCCGAAAAAGUCCACCAUCCUUCAGCAGCAGUUCAACCGCGUGGGCCGGGUGGAGCACGGCUCGGUGGCGCUGCCGGGCGUCAUCCGCUCCGGCUCCAUCGGCACCGAGUCGCUCAGCAUGGGCACCAUGCCGUCGGCCCAGCAGCAGAUCACGAUGGGCCAGAUGCACCGGGGACACAUGCCGCCUCUCAGUUCAGCACAGCAGGCUCUGAUGGGAACCAUCAACACCAGUAUGCAAGCUGUGCAGAAAGCCCAGAUUGACCUCGGGGAGGUCGAGAACCUGCCGCCAUUGGGACAAGACAUGGCGUCCAAGGUGUGGAUCCAGAACAAGAUGGACGAGUCGAAGCACGAGAUCCACUCGCAGGUCGACGCCAUCACGGCAGGAACGGCGUCGGUUGUCAACCUCACCGCUGGCGAUCCGACCGACACGGACUACACCGCCGUGGGCUGCGCCAUCACCACCAUCUCCUCCAACCUGACGGAGAUGUCAAAGGGCGUGAAGCUGCUGGCCGCCCUGAUGGAGGACGACGUGGGCGGAGGCAAUAACCUGAUGAGGGCCGCCAGGACGCUCGCGGGGGCCGUGUCCGACCUGCUGAUAGCCGUGGAGCCGGCUUCUGGAGAGCCAAGACAGACUGUGUUGACAGCAGCAGGCAGCAUCGGCCAGGCCAGCGGAGACCUCCUGCGCCAGAUCGGAGAGAGCGAGACGGACGAGAGGUUCCAGGACGUCCUGAUGAAUCUGGCCAAGGCGGUGGCCAACGCGGCGGCCAUGUUGGUGCUGAAGGCCAAGAACGUUGCCCAGGUGGCCGAGGACGGCGUGCUCCAGAACCGGGUCAUCGCCGCCGCCACCCAGUGCGCCCUGUCCACCUCCCAGCUGGUGGCGUGCGCCAAGGUGGUGAGUCCCACCAUCAGCUCACCGGUCUGCCAGGAGCAGUUAAUCGAAGCCGGAAAGCUGGUGGAUCGCUCGGUGGAAAGCUGCGUCCAGGCCUGCCUCUCGGCAACGGAGGAUGGCGAGCUCCUCAAACAGGUGAGCGCGGCCGCCAGCGUGGUGAGUCAGUCUCUGGGAGAUCUCCUGCAGCACGUCCGCCAGUACACGUCGAGGGGAGAGCCCAUCGGGCGCUACGACCAGGCCACGGACACCAUCAUGACCGUCACCGAGAGCAUCUUCAGCUCCAUGGGAGACGCAGGAGAGAUGGUGCGUCAGGCUCGCGUCUUGGCUCAGGCCACCUCGGACCUGGUGAACGCCAUGAGGUCCGACGCCGAGGCCGAGGUGGACGUCGACAACGCUAAAAAGUUGCUGGCAGCCGCCAAAUUACUGGCGGACGCCACGGCGAGGAUGGUGGAGGCGGCAAAGGGCGCGGCGGCAUACCCGGAGAACGAAGACCAGCAGCAGAGACUGCGGGAGGCGGCGGAGGGCCUGCGCGUGGCCACCAACGCCGCGGCUCAGAACGCCAUCAAGAAGAAGCUCAUCAACAGGCUGGAGAACGCCGCUAAGCAAGCUGCGGCGGCGGCCACCCAGACCAUCGCCGCCGCUCAGAACGCCGCCGCCUCCAACAAGAACACUGCUGCCCACCAGCAGCUGGUGCAGAGCUGCAAGGCGGUGGCAGACCACAUCCCACAGCUGGUCCAGGGGGUGCGUGGCAGUCAGGCCAAACCGGAGGACCUCAGUGCACAGCUAGCACUCAUCAUCGCCAGCCAGAACUUCUUACAGCCCGGCAGUAAGAUGGUGACCUCAACCAAGUCGGCGGUUCCCACGGUGACGGACCAGGCCGCAGCCAUGCAACUGGGCCAAUGUGCCAAGAACCUGGCCACCUGCCUGGCCGAGCUGAGGACGUCUGUGCAGAAGGCCCAUGAAGCCUGCGGCCCCAUGGAGAUCGACUCGGCGCUCACGGCCAUCCAGACCCUGAGGAGUGAGCUGCAGGACGCCAUGCUGGCUGCCGGCAACGCGCAGCUGAAACCACUGCCAGGAGAGUCGUUGGAGAAGUGUGCUCAGGAUCUGGGCAGCACCUCCAAGUCGGUGGGGUCCUACAUGGCUCAGCUGCUCACCUGUGCUGCACAAGGAAAUGAACACUACACAGGCAUAGCAGCCAGGGAGACGGCUCAGGCCCUGAGGACGCUGGCCCAGGCGGCCCGCGGCGUCGCCUCCUCCACCACGGACCCCAGAGCCGCCGCCGCCAUGCUGGACUCGGCUCGCGACGUGAUGGAGGGCUCGGCGCUUCUCAUUCACGAGGCCAAGCAGGCGCUCGUUUCCCCCGGAGACGCCGAGAGUCAGCAGAGGCUGGCGCAGGUGGCCAAGGCCGUGUCGCACUCCCUGAACAACUGCGUCAACUGUCUGCCUGGACAGAAGGACGUGGACAUGGCUCUCAAGAGCAUCGGGGAGGCCAGCAAGAAGCUGCUGAUCGACUCUAUGCCCUCGGCUUCCAAGUCCUUCCAGGAGGCCCAGACCGGGCUGAACCAGACGGCGGCGGAACUGAACCAGUCGGCGGGCGAGGUGGUCCACGCCUCCAGAGGCUCCAGCAGCCAGCUGGCCGCGGCCUCCGGGAAGUUCAGCGAAGACUUCGAUGAGUUCCUGGACGCCGGUAUCGAGAUGGCCGGCCACACUCAGAAAAAGGACGACCAGGUGCAGGUAAUCGGGAACCUGAAGAACAUCUCCAUGGCUUCUAGCAAGCUGCUGCUGGCAGCGAAAUGUCUGUCUGUCGACCCCGCGGCUGCGAAUGCCAAACACCUGCUGGCUGCUGCUGCAAGAGCGGUGACUGACAGCAUCAACCAGCUGAUCACGCUGUGCACGCAGCAGGCUCCUGGACAGAACGAGUGUGACAACGCUCUCAGAGAGCUGGAGGCGGUCAGAGGAAUGCUGGACAACCCCAACGAGCCCGUCAGCGACCUCUCCUACUUCGACUGCAUCGAGAGCAUCAUGGAGAACUCCAAGGUCCUGGGAGAGUCCAUGGCGGGUAUUUCUCAGAACUGCAAGACCGGAGAUGUGCCGGCAUUCGGAGACUGUGUGGGAUCCGCCUCCAAAGCCCUGUGUGGCCUCACUGAAGCUGCGGGACAGGCCUCCUACCUGGUGGGUGUGUCUGAUCCCAACAGUCAGGCAGGGCACCAGGGGUUGGUUGACCCCAUCCAGUUUGCAAAAGCCAACCAGGCAAUCCAGAUGGCCUGUCAGAAUCUCGUAGACCCAGGCAGUAGUCCUUCUCAGGUGCUCUCUGCAGCCACCAUUGUCGCCAAGCACACCUCGGCUCUGUGCAACGCCUGCCGCCUGGCCUCCUCCAGGACCACCAACCCGGUUGCCAAGAGGCACUUUGUCCAGUCUGCCAAGGAGGUGGCCAACAGCACCGCCAACCUGGUCAAAACCAUCAAGGCUCUGGAUGGGGAUUUCUCAGACGAGAACAGGAGCAAGUGUCGCGUGGCCACGGCUCCGCUCAUCCAGGCGGUGGAAAACCUGACGACGUUUGCUUCCAACCCGGAGUUUGCCAGCGUCCCAGCUCAAAUCAGUCGAGAGGGCUUUGCAGCGCAGGAGCCCAUCCACCAAUCGGCACGCUCCAUGCUGGACAGCUCCACCUGCCUGCUCAAGACCGCACGCUCAUUGGUCAUCAACCCCAAAGACCCGCCCACCUGGUCCAUCCUGGCCGGUCACUCUCGCACCGUGUCUGACUCCAUCAAGAGUCUCAUCACAGCCAUCCGAGACAAGGCCCCGGGCCAGCGGGAGUGCGACUCGUCAAUUGAUAACAUUAACAAAUGUAUCCGGGACAUUGAGCAGGCGUCUCUGGCUGCAGUCAGCCAGAACUUAGCCAGCAGGGACGACAUCUCACUGGAGGCGUUGCAGGAGCAACUGACGUCCACUGUGCAGGAAAUUGGCCACUUAAUUGACCCCGUUUCCACCGCUGCCCGAGGCGAAGCUUCCCAACUAGGACAUAAGGUGUCCCAGUUGGCCCGGUACUUUGAGCCGCUGAUCGUGGCCUCCGUGGGCGUGGCCUCCAAGCUGAGGGACCACCAGCAGCAGAUGACCUUCCUGGACCAAACCAAGACGCUGGCGGAGUCCGCCCUGCAGAUGCUCUACGCCGCCAAGGAGGGUGGAGGAAACCCAAAGGCGUCGCAUACCCACGAUGCCAUCGAAGAGGCGGCGCAGCUCAUGAACGAGGCGGUCGAGGACAUCACGGUGACGCUGAACGACGCCGCCAGUGAAGUGGGCAUGGUGGGAGGAAUGGUGGAGUCCAUCGCAGAGGCCAUGGCCAAGCUGGAUGAAGGGACACCGCCUGAACCCGACGGCUCAUUCGUAGAUUACCAGACCAGUAUGGUGAGACACUCCAAGGCGAUCGCCAUCACCGCUCAGGAGAUGAUAACCAAAUCGUUGACGUGUCCCGACGAGCUGGGAGGUCUGGCCUCUCAGGUGACCGGCGACUACGGCCAGCUGGCCGUUCAGGGACGACUGGCCGCUCACACAGCGGAGCCGAAGGAGAUCGGUUUCCAGAUCAAGACUCGCGUGCAGGAGCUCGGCCACGGCUGCAUCUUCCUGGUCCAGAAGGCCGGAGCGCUGCAGAUCACGCCCUCCGACGGCUUCACCAAGCGGGAGCUCAUCGCGUGCGCCCGUGCGGUCACAGAGAAGGUGUCUCUGGUGCUCUCGGCCCUGCAGGCCGCCAACAAGGGCACGCAGGCCUGCAUCACAGCAGGCAGCGCGGUGUCCGGCAUCAUCGCCGACCUGGACACCACCAUCAUGUUCGCCUCCGCCGGCACGCUCAACGCCGAGAACGACGAGUCCUUCGCCGACCACAGGGAAAACAUUUUGAAGACGGCCAAAGCUCUGGUGGAGGACACGAAGAUGCUGGUUUCCGGCGCGGCUUCCGGGCAGGACCGCUUGGCUCAGGCCGCCCAGUCAUCCGCCAAAACCAUCACCCAGCUCACCGAUGUGGUCAAGCUGGGAGCCGCCAGUUUCGGCGCCGACGACCCCGAGACGCAGGUGGUUCUCAUAAAUGCUGUAAAGGAUGUGGCUAAGGCGCUGGCUGAGCUCAUUAGCGCCACCAAGUGUGCCGCCGGCAAGGCAGCAGAUGAUCCGUCUAUGUACCAGCUGAAGAGCGCGGCCAAGGUGAUGGUGACCAACGUGACGUCGCUGCUGAAGACGGUGAAGGCCGUCGAGGACGAGGCCACGAGGGGCACCAGAGCGCUGGAGGCCACCAUCGAGUGCAUCCGACAGGAGUUGACGGUGUUUAAAUCCCGGGAUGCUCCCAACAAGACCACCACUCCCGAGGAGUUCAUUCGCAUGACGAAAGGCAUCACCAUGGCAACCGCUAAAGCAGUGGCCGCUGGGAACUCUGGCCGGCAGGAAGACAUCAUCCGUACGGCCAACCUCAGCCGCAAGGCCAUUUCAGACAUGCUCACCACCUGCAAGCAAGCGGCCUACCACCCAGAGGUCAGCGAGGAGGUGAAGAACAGGGCGCUGAUGUUCGGGUCAGAAUGCACGAGCGGAUACAUCGACUUACUGGAACAAGUGCUGUUUGUUCUGCAGAAGCCGACCGGCGAGCAGAAGCAUCACCUCGCCUCUUGUUCCAAGCGAGUCGCGGGCGCCGUGACGGAGCUCAUCCAGACCGCAGAGGCCAUGAAGGGUUCAGAGUGGGUGGACCCCGAGGAUCCGACGGUGAUUGCGGAGACGGAGCUGCUGGGCGCGGCGGCGUCCAUCGAAGCGGCCGCUAAGAAGCUGGAGCAGCUGAAACCUCGAGCCAAGCCCAAGCAAGCGGACGAGACGCUGAACUUUGAGGAGCAGAUCCUGGAGGCGGCCAAGUCCAUCGCCGCGGCCACCAGCGCGCUGGUGAAAUCGGCCUCGGCCGCCCAGAGAGAGCUGGUGGCUCAGGGCAAAGUGGGCCUCAUCCAGGCCAACGCCGUGGACGACGGACAGUGGUCCCAGGGGCUCAUUUCUGCUGCCCGUCUGGUGGCAGCGGCGACCAGCAACCUGUGCGAGGCGGCCAACGCCUCGGUGCAAGGCCACGCCAGUGAGGAGAAGCUCAUCUGCUCGGCCAAGCAGGUGGCGGCCUCCACCGCCCAGCUGCUGGUGGCCUGUAAGGUGAAGGCUGACCAGGACUCUGAGGCCAUGAGGAGACUUCAGAUCGCUGGCAAUGCGGUAAAGAAGGCCUCCGACAAUUUGGUGCGGGCCGCUCAGAAGGCGGCGUUCGACAAGGCGGACGAAGCCAACGUGGUGGUCAAGACCAAGUUUGUGGGUGGAAUAGCUCAGAUCAUUGCAGCCCAGGAGGAGAUGCUGAGAAAGGAGCGAGAGCUGGAGGAAGCCAGGAGGAAACUGGCUCAGAUCCGGCAGCAGCAGUACAAGUUCCUGCCCACCGAGCUACGAGAGCACGACAACUAAAACAUCCAAACCUCCGGCUGCGAAGAGUCCAUCCGUUCACACGAGCCGUGGCCUCUGGACCGGCCCACAGCGACUUCACACACGUCGCCACUGAUUUCUACCGAACCGGUGAUGGCCGAGUCCGCAGUGGAUCCACAUCGCGUGGAAAAGACCACUCGCGAGUUUGAAUGACUACUGUUUGGACCUGACUACUUCCUGAAAACCAACUGCGUGUUGUCCUCCGCGACCUCUUUGACCGAUCUGAACCAGGACGCUCUGGACAAACGGCACGCAGCCCUCAUGUUCGCCCUGAAGCUACCGCGUUCUUCUCGUUUCACAAACUGCAGCUCUGAAUCCUAAACGUCUGAGGAGAAGACGAGACUGUCCCGCCAUUCAUUUAACACACAGCCGUGUUUCACUGCAGCGUCACUCGGAGAGCAAAAAGAUUUCAGCUCGGCACUCUAGCGUGUGAAUGUUGGCCUUUGUGCUGCAACGUGGCACCUUAAUAAUAAUAAUAAUAAUGAUGUUUCCAUCGUGACGCGUCUUGACUUUAUGGAAGGUAGGAUGCAGUCUUUGUGUUUCUCGAACCAUAGUGUACAUUUCAAUAUCGGACAGUUCUUUUGGGGGAAUCUGCCUUUUUUUAAAAGUAGAAAGUGACACAAGUGACUGUUUUUUUUCUUCUUCUUUUUUCUGCAAAUAUUGAAGGGAUCUAACAUGCAACGUGCAUUUUCUAAGGUGCAACAAAUUCUACGCGUUUGUCUCCAAGCUCUUGAAUAGAGGCGUCAUCGCGCGGAGCCGCUGAGACUCGAGGAGAACGUUUUACACGACCGUAACCACGCGAAUGCUUUUCUACACAGGACCACUGAUUACCAUUUGAAGGAAUAUUUAUUACUCCCGAGUUGUUUUGUUUUUUGGCAGAUAAACGGUCUUAUUUACCACCACUGGCAGAGGCUGUGGUCACAUAUCUGUCCCAGUGCAUCAUACAUCUUAUGGGUAUAAACUGAAUUUGAUCAUCAUGCAAUAACAUGGAUGGUGCUCUAGGGGGCAGUGUUGUUUUUUUCCUUGCACCAAAAGUAAUAAUACAGGAGAUGAUAUUGUAUAAUUGAGUGCUAAGUAGAAAAUAUGUGGUUAGAGAAACCAGGCAGGUUGAUUUGACUACGGCGUCUUGCAAAUCAAGAAUACGACUAUGCAUAUAUAUAUAUAUACAUAUAUAUAUACACAUAUAUAUGUGUAUAUAUGUGUGUAUAUAUGUAUGUAUAUAUAUACAUAUAUAUAUAUGUGUGUGUAUAUAUGUAUAUAUACAUAUAUAUAUGUAUAUGUAUAUAUAUAUAUAUUUUUAUUUAUUUACUUUGGCCCCUCUUUUCUUGGUGGGUUUCUAGUCCUCUCUCCAUCACUACCAGGGAUCGAUUUAAAUCUAUCCAGCUCCCCAGAUUCUGUAAUUUCAGAAAAGAAGCACAUUUAUAAACCCUGAAAAUAACGUGGCAAUAAGCUAAUUGUGUCAAAUAAGAAGGUUUAGAAUCGAUGUUAAAAUAAGCGGAUUGAAGGUGAAGUGGCUGCAGUUCAUCUCCUCUCCUUGGUCCCUCAGUCUCUGAGCCGGACGGUGCUUUGUGCCACUUUACCGACUCUGCUAUUUUUGUUUGCCGAGUUUGAUUGUGGUGCGUUUUGGUUCCCUCGUCUUACUCUCUGGGCUGUAUUUCUAUAUUCAAACGAUACAGCGAGUCGUAGGAUGAGGUCCUGCUGUGAACGUGCAUGGCUUUGUGCUUCAGAUGCGUCUCUUUCUUUCUCCAGAGUCAAACGGUCAAGGAUCCACCGACUGAUUCUGACCUCCACCCACAAGACGGUGCACCACAGGGCUCAAGACCGUCACAUGGUUAUUACUUUUUUUAAACAUUUGGGUCUGAAUUCAGAGAUGUUUUCCGGCAUUGUAUUUUGUGUGUGUGUGUGUGUGUGUUUGGGUGGGUACACUAUUCAUCAGUCAAGUCUGUAGUGUUAUUAGUGCCUUAGUCCGUAGUCCAUACAGUGUGGUCAGCUUGAGUGACGGAUUCACCUCAUCGGUCAGUCAAAGGUACUGGACGAGCUUGUUUGGGGAUGUGGGUUCAUGUCCGUGGGGGUUUCCUUAUUGUUUCAGGAACUUAGAGGAACACAAUGUUCAUGUAACAUCAGCAUAUAUAUAUAUAUAUAUAUAUAUAUAUAUGUAUACAUAUAUAUACAUAUAUAUAUGUAUAUAUAUUAUAUAUAUACAUACAUAUUUGUAUAUAUACAUAUUUAUAUAUAUAUAUGUAUACAUAUAUGUAUAUAUAUGUAUACAUAUAUAAAUAUGUAUAUAUAUAUAUAUAUAUAUAUGUAUGUAUAUUUGGGCACAUGUUUGUACUGCAUUCCAUGGGCAUGUACCACAGUGCUUCUAAACUAUGAUAGACUGGAGAUUUGUGUUCUGAUAAAACUGCUUUGUUGUAUGUUAUGAAGUCACUGAUAUAUUUUAUUGAUUGGCUUUUCCUCCUUGUCUAUGAAAGAUAAAUGUGAUAAGAACAUGUUGAUAAUAUCUGUGACCAUUAAGGUGUCGUGGCGCAUUUUAAUGAAGUGAAGUAAUCAAAGUGUCCUGUGUGGUUUUUCCCCCUCAGAACAGAAUCAAAUUAAGAAGUUACUACAAUAAAGAUAAGUGAUAACAAUAUUAUAGAUAUUUAUCCGGCCUCAAUAAAACUAUUUUUUUGUAUUCACUGAAAAUAAAGCAUUUCAAUGUAA